AUGACAGAGGCAAAGAGAGUUAGAGUGAGCGACGGGAGACCACAGAAUGUCGGGAUCAAAGGUCUGGAGAUCUACAUCCCAUCGCAAUGCGUGAACCAGGCGGACCUCGAAAAGUUUGACGGCGUGUCGCAGGGGAAGUACACGAUCGGGCUGGGCCAGACGAACAUGUCGUUUGUGAACGACCGUGAGGACAUCUACUCGAUGUCGCUGACUGUGCUGUCGAGACUGAUGAAGAACUACAACGUCGACCCCAAACAGGUGGGGAGACUAGAGGUCGGUACGGAGACGCUCAUUGACAAGUCCAAAUCUGUCAAGAGUGUGCUAAUGCAACUUUUCGCUGACUCAGACGGUGACAUCGAGGGUGUGGACACGGUCAACGCCUGCUACGGUGGGACCAACGCGCUGUUCAACUCGCUCAACUGGAUCGAGUCCCGCAGUUGGGAUGGGCGUGACGCCAUCGUCGUUUGCGGUGACAUUGCUAUCUACGACAAAGGUGCCGCAAGACCCACAGGUGGUGCCGGUACCGUUGCUAUGUUGAUCGGCCCCGAUGCGCCCAUUGUGUUCGACGACGUCCGCGGUUCGUACAUGGAACAUUGCUACGAUUUCUACAAGCCAGAUCUGACGAGCGAGUACCCUUACGUGGACGGUCAUUUCUCCCUGACAUGUUACGUUAAGGCUUUGGAUAAAGUUUAUGAGUCCUACAGCAAGAAAUUGGGUGGUGAGAUCAAUGUGAAGGACCAUUUCGAUUACAACGUUUUCCAUGUCCCCACUUGCAAACUGGUCACGAAAUCCUAUGGUCGUCUACUGUACAACGAUUUCAAGAGAGACCCAUCGAGAUUUCCUGAGGUUGAUGCAGAACUUGCCAAGAUCGAGUACGAGGCCUCAUUGGUUGACAAAUCUUUGGAGAAGACUUUUGUGAACGUUUCCAAAUCACAGUACGAGGAACGUGUCAAACCAUCUCUGAUCGUGCCCACAAACACGGGGAACAUGUACACUGCCUCCUUGUACGCCUCGCUAGCGUCAUUAAUCUCUUACGUUGGGUCCGACGCCCUACAGAACAAGAGAAUUGGUAUGUUCUCGUACGGGUCCGGUCUGGCGGCGUCGCUUUUCUCCUGCCGUGUCGUUGGUGACAUCAGCUCGAUUGCGAACAAACUCGACGUGCAAGAGAAGUUGCAGAGCAGACAGACGCUGACCCCAGAACAGUACGAGCAGGCCAUCCACCUACGUGAGAGCGCACACUUGAAGAAAGCAUUCAAGCCGCAGGGGUCCAUCGACCACCUGACCAAGGGCGUCUACUACUUGACAGAGAUCGACGACAAGUUCAGAAGAAGUUACGCCGUCAAGGAGUAA